AUGGAGUUUCCUUCGUCCCUGACCAGUACUGAGCGGGCUUUCAUCCAUCGGACGGCUCAGUCCCUGGGAUAUAUCUCCAGGAGCAAAGGGAAAGGACCAAAUCGCUUCCUCACCCUGAAGAAAAAGAGCUGCACGGACAAACCUCGGCCCUCCAUGCCCCUCCCACUCUCCCAAAAUUCGAUAUAUUCCAUCCGAAGCCUCCUGCAGAGGUUCCCAGUCAGCAAUAAGGAGCGCAUCGACAUGCAGCCCAACACCAGGAACGGCAUGUCUGUGUCUUCAGAAUCUGAGGGCGGCUGUGACAGGGCGAGCGGACGUCUGAACAACGGGAUUCCCACGGUGCCGAAGAGAAGGAGCCCGUCAGAUCUGGACACUUUUCGGCAAUCUCUUCCUGUCCACGAGCGCCAGGAGGAGAUCAUCCACGUGAUCAGAGAAAGCCGCGUGUUGCUGGUGGUGGGAGAGACCGGCUCGGGAAAAACUACACAG